AUGACGAGAGCACACUCCAAGGUCCACAAGGACAAGAAAACGAAGCUGAUUGGCUCGUUCCUGAGGCUUGCGGUUAACAACCCACGCAAGGCGGACAAGGCUCGGCAGGACCUCUACAACUCGAUGGCGAAAUCCGAUCGUAUUCUAGAGGCUCUGUUAAAGAAGGUCAAAACGAACAAGACCGAGCGUCCGGUGGAGAAGAAGGCCAUCAUCAAGCUCAUUAAGGCUUCGCAACCGGACCUCCACAACGCUUUGUACCGCGUGUCAGUGUCCAUUCACCAGCGUCUCCGCGAGAUCGAGAUCCCAGUUCCUGAUUGGGCCGAAGAGGAGACCAAGGACAAGAAGCGUCACCGCUCGACCUCCAUGUGCAUGUAUCUUCCUUGUCAUGAGUGA